UGUCAGGAAGAGUGAGCACGAACACAGGACCGCUGUACGUCCGCUAUAGCUGCCUAACGCCAACAAAUUCCGCGGAAUUUACCUCGUCUUUCUUUCCCUCUGGAUACUGGAUAUUUUUAUUGGGACGGUUUGAAAUCAAAUUAGGUCGACAAGAGUCACUUGAAGCCUUCCAGAGAGGAGCUCCAACUUGGGCGAAGCUUCAAAUGUACUAAGCGAAACGGAAGUUGCCAGCUGUCUGGCGACGAUUGAUCUACGAGAGACAGAAGCAGACAGUUGAGUUUACGUAGAAAGAGGAAGACUGAGCAUCUGAAUGCCAACUCUGUGGGUGAUGGAGUUGAGCAGGCAACUCUGUUUGAAAAUGAGGAGAAAUAGGAGGGCCCAACUCUCCUCCCCUCCUGCUUCCACGUGGGGCCUGGAGAUCCACUUUUACUUACCAGAGAUGAACCAGCUGGAGUACUUUAAAGGCUGCUUCACUGCUGAGGACCUCUGUGUGGCUGCUGCCAAGAAAUGCUCAAUCUCUCCCUUGUGCCAUAACCUAUUCGCCCUGUACAAUGAGAAAACUGGCACCUGGUAUCCCCCCAACUAUGAGUUCAAGAUCACAGAAAAUACCAGUAUCAAGCUGCACUAUCGCAUGAGGUUUUAUUUCAGGAACUGGCAUGGCACCACUGAAGGAGAGUCACCAGUUUGGAGACACUGCAUCAGUAAACUUAGAGGAGGACACAGCCCACAGAAAACACCAGAGGGAACACCCCUACUGGAUGCUGCUUCACUGGACUACCUGUUUGCGCAGGGCCAGCAUGACUUUCAGAUAGGCAUGGUUCCACUGAGGACGUCCCAGUCAGAGGCAGAGCAACACGAGAUAGAAAAUGAGUGUUUGGGCAUGGCUGUGCUCGCCAUCACUCACUAUGCCAUGAUUCUGGAGAUGCCACUCUCCACUGCUUCGCGUGAAGUCAGCUACAAACGAUUCAUCCCAGAGUCGCUGAACCGCAACAUUAAGCAACGGAACUUUUUGACUCGCAUCCGCAUCAACAAUGUGUUCAAGAAAUUCCUCAAUGAAUUCAACAAUCGCACAGUCCAGGACAGCAACAUUACACCGUACGACCUGAAGAUCAAGUACCUGGCCACAUUGGAGGGCUUGACCAACAGCCUGGGCAGCGAAAUACUUGAGCCCAUCUCACUCAGUGUAAUGCAAGAGGGGGAGCUCUGCAAUGGAGGUUACUUUGGGUACUACAACCAGAGCCAAGGGCAGAGCCAGACUCAGAACAUGGAGACAAGCCAUGACAUGCAGGUCCUGGUUACUGGUACCACUGGUAUUUCCUGGAGGAAGAAACCUGUUACGACAUCUGGGAUCUCCAAAGAAAAGGGAAGGUCAAAGAAGAACAAGCAGGAUGGAAAACUGAAAAAUGACAGAAAUAAAGAGGCAAACGAAGGCUGGGUGCUGCUCUGUGACUUUCAUGAGAUCACUCACGUUGUCAUCAGAGAGGCAACAGUCACCAUCCUCACACAGGACAACAAGAAGAUGGAGAUGCAAAUGGAUUCUCGGGCUGAGGCCCUGUCCUUUGCAGCCCUUGUGGACGGGUACUUCAGGUUGACAGUGGAUGCCCACCACUACCUGUGCAAGGAGGUAGCCCCAGCAUCAGUGGUGCAGAACACCAACAACGGUUGCCACGGACCCAUCUGUACGGAGUAUGCCAUCCACAAGCUCCGUCAGGAAGGCAACGAGGAGGGCGCUUACAUCCUGCGCUGGAGCUGUACUGAUUACCAGUACAUCAUCAUUACUGUGGUCUGCAAUGAGAUCGACUUGAGGGAGUCUCGUACUGUGCGCCAGUAUAAGAACUUCCAGAUUGAAGUUGCCGCCGAUGGGUUCCGUCUGUACGGCACCGAGACGUUGCGUCCGACUCUCAAGGAGCUGCUGUGCCACCUGGAGGGCCAAAAUCUCCGUACCGACAACCUCCAGUUCCAACUGCUCCGCUGCUGCCCCCCACAGCCAAGAGAGAUUUCUAACCUGCUGGUGGUCACUAAGGACAGAGCACCAGUCCCUCAGACACACAUGCAGGACAGUCAACUUAGCUUCCACCGCAUUCUCAAGGAGGAGAUUGAACAGGAAGAGCACCUCGGCCUGGGAACUAAAACCAACAUCUACUCCGGCAUACUGAAAGUGAAGAGUGAGGAGGAAGAAGAUGUAGGUUACUCAUCCUUCCAGGAAGUCAAAGUUGUCCUGAAGGUGCUGGGUUCUGGACACAGGGACAUCUCCCUGGCCUUCUUUGAAACAGCCAGUAUGAUGCGGCAAGUGUCCCAUAAACACAUUGUGCUACUCCACGGAGUGUGUGUCCGCCACCUGGAAAAUAUCAUGGUGGAGGAGUUUGUCCAACUAGGACCACUGGACUUGUUUAUGAGGAGACAGCAGAGUCCACUCAGCACGCCAUGGAAGUUCCAGGUGGCCAAGCAGCUGGCCUCAGCUCUCAGCUACUUGGAGGACAAAAAGCUGAUCCAUGGCUUUGUGUCCGCUAAGAACAUCCUGCUGGCCCGGGACGGACUGGGUGCAGAUGAAGGAGGGCCCUUCAUCAAGCUCAGCGACCGAGGAAUACCAAUCACAGUACUCACCAGGGAGGAGUGUGUGCAUCGUAUCCCGUGGAUCGCUCCAGAGUGUGUGAAGAGUGUGUCCGCCCUGAGUGUCGCAGCCGACAAAUGGGGAUUUGGUACCACCCUGUGGGAGAUCUGCUACGAUGGAGAGACUCCCCUCAAGGACAAGAAACUCACUGAGAAGGAGAGGUUUUAUGAAACAGAGUGCCAACUGGCCACACCAGACUGCAAAGAGCUGGCUGAACUCAUGACCCACUGCAUGAACUACGACCCCAAGAAGAGACCUUUCUUCAGGGCUAUCGUCAGAGACAUAGACAUGCUGGAAGAGAAAAACCCAUCUAUCAAACCCCAGCCUACACCAGAGGUGGACCCAACCAUGUUUGAAAAGAGAUUCCUGAGAAAGAUCAGAGAACUGGGAGAGGGUCACUUUGGCAAGGUGGAGUUGUGUCGUUAUGAUCCACGGGGCGACAGAACAGGCGAGCUGGUGGCAGUGAAGUCGCUCAAGCCUGAGAACCAAGAAGAGCAGAGCAGUAACCUCUCCAGUGAGAUUGAAAUCCUGAAGGAACUCUACCAUGAAAAUAUUGUGAAAUACAAGGGUAUCUGCCAAGAGGAAGGUGGUCAGGCUAUUAAGCUGAUCAUGGAGUAUCUUCCAAUGGGCAGUUUGAAGGAGUAUCUACCCAGAAACAAAUGCAAGACCAGCCUCAGCACCCUGCUCAGCUACUCUGUCCAGAUAUGCAGGGGAAUGGACUAUUUGGGAUCUCAGCAUUACAUCCACCGGGACCUGGCUGCCCGAAAUGUGUUAGUGGAGAAUGAGAGGACAGUGAAGAUCGGAGACUUUGGUCUCACCAAGACCAUCAAGGACAAUGAGGGUUAUUAUACCGUCAAGGAUGACCACGACAGCCCUGUUUUCUGGUAUGCUCCAGAAUGUCUGACUCAGUGUAAGUUUUACCUGGCUUCAGACGUUUGGUCCUUCGGGGUGACAAUGUACGAACUCAUCACCUACUGCGACUCGUCCAAGAGCCCGAUGACGCGUUUCCUGGAUAUGAUUGGUCGAACUCACGGUCAGAUGACUAUCAUCCGACUGGUGAAGGUGUUGCAAGAAGGAAGGAGGUUGCCGCGUCCAGAGGGAUGUCCUGAGCCUGUGUACGAGCUGAUGCGCAGGUGCUGGGAGCAGGCGCCUGACAGGAGGAUCACCUUCAAGCGUCUGAUCGAGGAUCUGACCACCAUGCAGCAACAGCUCCAAUCCCCAAACAACGUCUAAACGUCCAACUGCGUGAGGUUUGGGGGAGUGAAGCUGACUCUGCCUGCAGACUUGGGACCAGACGGCAAAACUGGCCCCAGAUCAGCAUCUGCUUGUGCAGCUUCACUGUACUGAGAGACAAAAGCCAUGCUUCCUCAUAGUGGCAUAUAAACCUUCCAUAACCAUGGCACGGCAAGACUCAAAGUCUAACCAUAAUUGUAGUCUGCCAUAUUUUAUAACUUUUUUUUUUUUAUUAUUCUGAUAUUUCAUAUUUUGAAUUAUAAGCAUUUGGGAUUAAACAAAGCUUGUAGCCUUAGCCCACGCUAUAUGUGACCUGAUAUAUUACUUCCAAUUGUAUCAAAAACAUGUAAUUGUCUGCACUGUGUGAAACGUCAAACUCAUGUGGACUUUAUCAGGCUUAUCUCUGAGGAGCUUAUAGUAAUGUGGAUGAUAUUGCUUCUCAUUGAUGGACGCUGGAAAGAUGGAAAAUGAGCCAAGAAAGGACCUGUGUAGCGCUUACUUUCACACAGUUCAACGGUUGCACGGCCUCCUUUGCGACAGACGCAGAGUGGAUCUUUGAUAAAUCAUGAUGAAAACUGCUGGAAUGGAUGGGAUGAGGAAGAUGGAACAUAGAUGUUAGCACAGAUACCGAAGAUGUGGUUUCCGUCUUUCAUGCCGCUGCUGUUUGUUUCAUGGACUCCGCUGUUUUGGGAAAAUUGCCUGAAGAAUUGUUUUUUUUUUUUUUUGUCUUCAGAGAGCCAUGGAGUUAGCUGUGAAACGUCUGGAUUUGCUGUUCAUGAUGUGCAAAUGCAGUCACUGAGAAGUGGCAUCGAGUCGGCGCCAGUAAUCAGUCAGCAGUAUUCCUCUCUUUGCAUUGCUUUUACUUUGGAGUAACGGUUUUAAAGCUAAAAUGUUAAACAUUCAAUGGUUCUAGUGUCUUAAUUGCGAGUGUUUUUGGCUUUUCUUUGUUUGGACAGUUGGUUAGACAAAACAAGUAAUUCAAAGACAUUGUCUUUUAGGUUUUAGAAAACUGAGCCACUUUGUAGGAUUUUUUUGGACCAAUUAUUUGAGAAAUGAUUGCAAAGAAGAUUUUUUUUUUCUUCGUGAAGGAGCUGUCUAACUGCAUUUGCACAGGAACAGUAAAUUGAUUUUUUUUUUUUUUCUUUGUUGAGUUAAGUCUCCCCAGUCGUAUUGUAUGAGAACUAAUGUACUGGAUGUUUUAUUAUGAAUGUUAGUCGUGCCUAAAUCAUACAGCAGCACUUGUUAAACCUGUUAAACCAGUGAGUACCUGUGAAAGACACUUGGGGGCAGUAUAACUUCACUUUUCCUCUCAUUUUGCUGUUAUGUAGCUUUACACACAAGUUGGGGUAUGCCAGAUCCACAAAUACUCUAUGAAAUGUCUAUGCUGUUAUAGUUGCAUAAUAUGGCAAGAAAAACAGCCAAGAGUGAUUUUACCGGUUAUCCGCAGGGCAUUUUAUGUUUUUUUUUUUUUUUUUUUUUUUUUUAAUUUUCAAAAAUUAUAUAAAUCCUUCAAGAGACAUGAAACAAUUAUAAUGAUGUAAACCGAUCUGAGCAGAGGGUUUUGUUCUGGUAUUGAAAUCUUGCCCAGUCACAUCACAGGACAACAGUCAGUUCUACUAAAUGCACACGUGAAUGUUGGCAAAAAGACGACAACACAGGGGCCGUCAAGAGGACAAAAUGCGCUUCAGUCCACAUUUUAUUUAGGAAUGUAAAAGACAGUUCCUUCUGCUCUAAAUAAGAGAAAAGAAAUAUAUAUAUAUUUUUCAAAAAAAAAAAAAUUAAGAUGAACGUAUGACUUAUGGAAGGUAAAAGUAUCCAUAAAUACACAAUGAAAAAAUAAAUAAAAUCAAUGUU